CUCCUUUCUGCCGAUUAAACAAUGAAAAUGGCAUAUUACCAAUCAUCCUUCCCCCUCUAUAGGAAGCACCCAUCAUUGCUGCCAAUAAUCCUUUCCAUUUCAACCUUUGAAACCUGAGCUUCCAAGAUAUUCCUUCCCCUUCUCCUCUUCCUUUCUAGUAUUUCUUUUUCCUCCUCCUCCACUUUUCCUUGUUGUUUAACAAUGGAUGCUUCUUCAACAAGCUCAGUCAAUGGAUUCUACACCUUCUUGACUCGCGGCAUAGAUGAUCUCGAACGUGUUUACACCUCUAAUAACUUCAUGUCCAUCCAGUUCCUUCAAGGGGUCCUUUCUCUUCUCCGAUCUUUCCAUUCCCAGCUACUCCUCCUCGUCCAGAAGCUCCAUCUCCCCGUUGGUGAUAAGUGGCUGGAUGAAUAUAUGGAUGAAAGUUCUAAGCUUUGGGAAGCUUGUCAUGUUAUUAAAUCGGGUAUUUCCGGCAUCGAAAAUUAUUACUCUGCUGGGUUUAAUAUCAUUUCCUCCUUUGAUAAUCAUCGCCAUCUUAAUCUCCAGCUUUCCAGACAGAUCAUCCUGGCAAUUUCAGGGUGCCGAAGAGAAGCUGUAGGAUUGGAAGAGGAAAACAGGGCUUUAAUGGAAACGAGAAUCCAACCACUUUCGUUGAGGUUUGAUGAGAAAGUUUCGAUCGAAUCAAAGCUGAAUGGAUUCAAUGGCUUCCGAGGUGUUCUUUACGCAAUGAGGAAUGUAAGUUCAUUGCUUCUGAUGAUCUUGCUGUACGGACUAGUUUAUUGCCGGCCGGAAUCGAGUUUCCUACGAGGAGGAUACGAAGGGUGUUUAAUUUUCGGAUCGGCUUUUAUGAUCUCAACGGCGAGAUUGCAGCAAAGGGUGGCGGCAGAGAUCAACCAAAUGAAUGGUAGGCCAGGGAUAUUGCUGUACGAGUUCAGGAGAUCAAAGUUGGCUAUGGAGGAGUUGAGAGGGGAGCUGGAGAGGAGAGGCGGUAGCGGUGGCGGAGGAGGGGUGGAGGAGUGGGAAAUGGAAGUCGGAGGGAUAAGGGAAAGAGUGGAGAACUUGAAAGGGUGGUUUGGGGUGUUGAGAUCUGGUGCUGACAAUAUAGUUGUGCAACUUGAUGAUUUCUUUGAUGAGAUUGUUGAAGGGAGGAAGAAGCUGUUGGACUUUUGCAGUCAUAGGUAGAAGAAAAAAGAGAGGACGAAAUCAUAAAAAAAAAGAAUGUAGGAUGGUUGGAAAAGAAAGUUUAAAAAAAA